UGAAUUGAGGAUGGCUUAAAUUAGCCGACGGACAAUUUUAGGUAGUAGGAGUAAUUUUUAAGUGAUAGACUUUGUCGAGAGAAACUCAGUUCCACGCAGUUCUAGUUUCAAAACGAAUCAACAUUGUGCGGUGCAAAUAUUAAAUAACAGCUAAAGUGUGUGUUUUUUUGUUACUUUGAAUAACUUACAUAACCACAAUGAGUACUACUUGGCCAGAAAAUGUUGGUAUUUUAGCCAUGGAAAUGAUCUUUCCUUCACAGUUUGUGGAUCAGACUGAAUUGGAAUCAUUUGAUGGUGCAUCCGCAGGGAAAUACACUGUAGGGUUAGGUCAAGCCCGAAUGGGAUUCUGUUCAGAUGUAGAGGAUAUAAAUUCAUUAUGUCUAACUGUUGUACAAAGAUUGAUGGAGAGGCAUAACAUUAAAUAUACAGACAUUGGAAGACUGGAAGUUGGCACAGAGACAAUAAUUGAUAAAUCCAAAAGUGUUAAAACUGUUUUGAUGCAAUUGUUUGAACCUCAUGGAGCUACUGAUAUUGAGGGUAUUGAUACUACAAAUGCUUGUUAUGGAGGUACAGCUGCUCUAUUUAAUGCUAUUUCCUGGGUGGAAUCAUCUGCUUGGGAUGGUCGUUAUGCACUUGUGAUUGCUGCAGACAUUGCAGUUUAUGCUGAAGGAUCUGCAAGACCCACUGGAGGAUCUGGAGCAGUUGCUAUGUUAGUUGGUCCAAAUGCACCUCUUAUUAUGGACAGAGGGUUGAGAGCUACAUACAUGAAACAUGCAUAUGAUUUCUAUAAACCAGAUUUAUCAUCAGAAUAUCCAACAGUUGAUGGUAAAUUAUCUAUUCAAUGUUAUCUAAGUGCCCUUGAUAAUUGCUAUCAAUUAUAUUGUAAGAAAGCGCAAAAGCUAGGUGUUAAAGUUGAUUUAAAACAUUUUGACGCAAUUGUGUUCCAUUCGCCUUUCUGCAAAUUAGUCCAAAAAUCUGUUGGCAGAUUAGCCUUAAAUGAUUUUCUUAAUGAGCCAUCUAACUAUGAUAACUUGGAGAAUUUUGCGAACAUCAAAUUAGAAACUUCUUACUUUGAUAGGGAAGUGGAGAAAGCUUUUAUGAAUGAAAGCAAAGUGAUAUUUGAGACUAAAACAAAGCCUUCUCUCUUGGCUGCUAACCAAGUGGGAAAUAUGUAUACAGCAUCCCUCUAUGGAGGUCUGGUAUCAUUACUUGUCAGUAAGGACAUCAAGGAGUUGGCAAACAAUAAAGUGUGCCUUUUUUCAUAUGGAUCAGGAUUAGCGUCGACGAUGUUCUCGAUAACAAUUGUCAAAGAUUACUCUCCGAAUUCACCUCUGCAUAAGCUCGUCUCCAACUUAAACCACAUCAAACCGAUGCUCGAACAAAGAAAAUGUGUAUCUCCGGAAAAAUUCACAUCCAUGUUGGCGUUGAGAGAGAAAAAUGGCCAUAAAGCACCUUACGAACCAAUCGGCGAUCUUGCAAACUUAUUCCCAGGUACAUAUUACUUGACGAAAGUCGAUGAAAUGCACCGAAGAUUUUAUGGAAGGAUCCCAACCGCGCUGAAUGGAUCCGCCUAGCGAAUGCAAAAAAUUAGAAGUCGGAUAGUUUUUACACGUAUUAGUGUAAUUAUAUAUGGACCAAACAGGUUGUUAUUAGGGGUGUGGUGAUCGAACUCUAGUUAGCACAUUUCAAAUGAUUAUUAAAAUAAGCAUUGAUAAUUUCGUUCAGGCAAA